CAGGCUGGCCCUUCCAGGCCCCCCCCUCCCCGCAGAAAUUUUAAAAAGGUCACCCCAGGGAAACCGCAGUGGCUGCGGAGGGGGUGCUCCCCAGUGUGGGCCUGGGGACCCAGGCCCUGGUGUGGGAGCGUGGGCCAAGGUUACCCCCUCAGGCAGGCUUGUGAAAACCCAGCCCCCUCCCCCAUGGCAGCCACCGUGGGAGAGAAGGCCCUCAAGGCCCCUCCUCCUAGCUUCAAGAUGCAGCCCACGCCCACCAUGGCCACCGCCGCCGCAAGCACCGCCGCCACGGCUGCCCUGACCUCGAGGUGGGACAACACCACCAGCAGCCCCACCGCGGAGCCUGACCCCAUCCUCAACAACUACGUGCUGCUGGUGGUGGUCCUGUCGCUCUUUGUCGGUGGCACUCUCGUGGUGCUGUCCGGAGUCCUGCUCCUGUGCAGGCGCUGCUGGGAGGUCCACCGGCGCUUCAACAGAGCCAUGGAGGAAGCAGAGAAGACCACCACCACGUACCUGGACAGCAGCGCCCAUCCAGCCCAAGACCCUGACUUCAGGGGGGAGGACCCCGAGGGCCAGGACGCGGAGACGGAGCGCUUCCUGUCCACCGGCUCCACGGGCCGCCGGGUGUCCUUCAACGAAGCAGCCCUGUUUGAGCAGAGUCGGAAGUCACAGGACAAGGGGCGCCGGUACACCCUGACGGAGGGGGACUUCCACCACCUGAAGAAUGCCCGCCUCACCCACCUGCACCUGCCACCCCUCAAGAUCAUCACCAUCCACGAGUGCGACUUGGGUGAAGCCAGCGCCACCACCCCCCCACACGCCGCUGCCGCCCCCAAGGCCAGUCUCGCCAUAUUCCAGCCCCCGGGGAAGGCCCUCACCGGCCGCUCUGUGGGCCCCAGCUCCGCCCUGCCAGGUGACCCCUACAACUCGGCCGCGGGCCCUGCCGACUUCGAGAUCAGCCCCUUGGCGUCCAGCGACUCCGGGAAGGCGCUCCAGGCGGAUGCAGGCGCCCGGAGCACCAAGCCCGUCGGGUCAGGGGCCACAGGGGGACCCGAGGAGGCAGGUCCAGGCUCCGGGGCAGGACCCGUCCUGCAUUUCUUCACCCGCCUGCGGCGCCACACCAGCCUGGACGGGGCCAGCCCGUACUUCAAGGUCAAGAAAUGGAAGCUGGACCCCAGCCAGCGGGCAUCUAGUCUGGACACAAGAGGCUCCCCCAAGCGGCACCACUUCCAGCGGCAGCGGGCAGCCAGCGAGAGCACCGAGCAGGAGGAGGGGGACGCCCCCCACAUGGACUUCAUCCAGUACAUCGCCAGCGCAGGCGACACGGUGGCCUUCCCGCCCCCCCGUCCCUUUCUGGCCAGCCCCGCCAGCCCAUCCCCCGCUCUCGGCAGGCUAGAGGCAGCGGAGGAGGCGGGCGCCGCGGGAGGAGCGAGCCCCGAGUCUCCCCCCGAGCGCAGUGGUGGUGCGGGGCCUGAGCAGCAGCAGGAAUCUGAUGGUGAGCGGGACUCGGGGCCAGAGCAGGCCCAGACCACCUACCGGGAUAUCUGGAGCCUGCGAGCCUCUCUUGAGCUGCACGCGGCUGCCGCCUCGGACCACAGCAGCAGUGGCAACGACCGCGACUCGGUGCGCAGCGGCGACAGCUCGGGCUCGGGCUCCGGGACCACCGUGCCCACUUUCCCACCGCCCUCGCCGCCCCCCACCCCCCGGCCGGCAGACAGCGAGGCGGGAGGUCCGCGGAAGCUGUUGCAGAUGGACAGCGGCUACGCCAGCAUUGAGGGCCGCGGCGCCGGCGAGGACGGGCUCCUCAGCGCGUCCGAGAAGCGCUCUUCCUUCACCAGCGCCGGCCGCACGGCCACUGUGGGCACCAGCUUCGAGGGGGCGCCGGCGCCCACCGAGGCGCCCGCCCGGCCCCGCAGCCCGCGCGCCUGGCCCCGCCGCGCCCCGCGCCGCGACUACAGCAUUGACGAGAAGACAGAUGCUCUCUUCCACGAGUUCCUGCGCCACGACCCGCACUUCGACGACACGCUGCCCAGCGCCACGCGCCAUCGCGUGCGCGCGCACCCCCACACGCGCAAGCAGUGGCAGCAGCGCGGCCGGCAGCACAGCGACCCCGGCGCGCGCGCCACGACCCCUGCCCCGCCCGCGGCCCCUUUUGGGGCCGACUCCCGCCCCACGCGCGCGCCUCUGCGCCGAGGCGACAGCGUCGACUGCCCCCCAGAGGGCCGCGCGGGCGACGAACCGACCGCGCCCGCCAUCCCGGUCAUCGAGGAGGAGCCCGGCGGUGGCAGCAGCACCUGCCCCGGCUCGGGCCUGUGCGUCGGGCCCCCGGGGACGCUGCUGGACAAGCUGGCGGCUGGCCUCGAUGACAGACUCUUCCCGCCGCGCCUCGCCCAGCCCAUCGCCACCGCUCCCACGCUGGCCGCCGCCGCGCCCACGUCUCCCGACCACAGCCCUGCCUAAGCCCUGCCUCCUGCACCCACCUCGUCAGCUUCUCCGGCGCCGCCCGGGACCCCUGCCACGGGACCCGCCUGGGGCGCGAGGCUCCAGGGCGCGAGCGCUGGGGCCGCGGGGCCUCGCGCGCGCACGCGCGCAGGUCUUCUGGCCGCCCCCACGUGCGCGUGCUCGCGUCCUCGUGACACCCUCGAGCUGCCUCUGGUGGGCACGCGCACACGGUCCCCGUUGGGCACUUAGCAGGUGCCCUGUGGCUUCCCAAAGCGCGAGGCUGCAGGGCCCUGGCUCGGCUGGAGGGGGCGUGGCAGGCUCUCAUCUUCGGGCUCCCGGGGAGAACGUCCACCUGCCUUCCACCCUAGACAGCAGCCUCUGAGUGGUGGCGUCUCGGGCACAGAGCACCGGGAGGCGCUCGCGCAGGACCUGCUCCCUGGGGCAGGGGCGGGCGGUGCGGGGCGGCGCAUGCGCGCAGGGCGCCCCUACCAGGACCAGUGGAGCCUCGAGGCGAGUCUGGGCUGCACGCGCUGAAGGCCUCCCCAGGGCGCACGCGCGGCCCCUCUAGGGCCCGGGGCUCCGGAGAUCGGGGGCCGGCCGGCGCCGGCUCUGCAGCGCAGGUCGUCGGGUGGAGGCCGCAGCCGCCAAACCCCUGAAGCUGUUUACCUCACUGCGGCAUGUGCUCGCGGCAGUCUGCGCCCCCUCCGAGCAAUAAACAACGCCUCGCCGCCACCCCCUCCCGCCGCGUUCCCACGCCCACCCAAAGCAUGUGAGUGGGCCACCCGCCCGCCCCGCAGGUGCACCGUCCAAAGAGCAGCCAGAACUCUGUCAUGUUUUAAGACACAAAACCCAAACGGCCAAGGUUUCAAGUUUCCCAAGCUUUAUUUAUUGCCAAAAGAUGGGGCAGCCCUCGCCUGCGGCCGAGUCGCCCCGCCCCGCCCCGCCCCUCCCCUCGGAGCUUCGCGCCGUCUGUGUACCAUCCAGUGAUGGGAGUUUCUUGUGUUUGUUUUCUGGUUGAUUAUAAAUAUUUACCGCACA